GGUAAAACCAGUGAGGUCAUUAUUUUCACAGUGACGGCGGUUCGCACUUCGCGUUUCGCAGCAGACCACCACCGGCUCCAUCGAGUUCAGACAGGUAGUAGCUACUUGUCCGUCACGUUCAAGAGGGCGAUAGCCAUCAUUCAUAGCCUAUGUAUAAUUAUAUCGCCUGGUAUCGGUACCGCAGUAGAGUUCACUAUAAACUAGCGCAGCAACAAUGGUGGGAGACAGUCACAAGAGACCGAGAACCCCAGUUUCAGCUCGCUGAUUCACUUGACGAGUCGCAGGGUACAUCAGUCAGUGUUCAUUGCUGCAGCUGUUGUUGCCGUUUCCGUGGGUUCCAUCUCCACAGAUACCUCGGAACGUAAUCCGGAGACUACAAAUAUCGGCAGAGUGGAUUUGCAUUCUUCAGGGAACAUUGCUUCGGAAUUUAACUCAACGAAAGACUAUAAGCAUGGGAUCUACUUUAACACAUCUCAGUAGGAAGCUAAUGGGGAAGAAGGAGGUCCGUGUUCUCUUUGUCGGUCUGGAUGCUGCUGGCAAGACAACAGUGCUGUACAAGCUGAAGCUGGAUGAGGUCGUCACCACGAUACCAACGAUUGGCUUUAACGUGGAGACACUGGAGUACAAGAAUCUUAUUAUGACCGCGUGGGACGUUGGCGGCAGAGACAAAGGGCGGGCACUUGUUCGACACUAUUACCAAAACACGUCAGCGGUGGUAUACAUCGUUGACAGCAAUGAUCAUGAUCGCCUUGACCAGGUGCGAGAUGAACUGCAGAUGGCCCUAUGUGAAGACGAACUACGAGGAGUACCGUUCCUCGUGUUUGCCAACAAGCAAGAUCUUCCGCACGCAAUGAGCAGGGACGAGAUUGUUGAUAAACUCGGCAUGAAAAAAAUACGGUGCCGACCAUGGGCUGCCUUCCCUACUUGUGCCACAACUGGGGAUGGUCUGUAUGAUGGAUUGGACUGGCUGGCCACUGUUCUAUCCACAAAGCAGAUGCAUAAUGCAAUGGCCGAGCCCAUCAAGGAGACAGUCAGCGAAGCUAAGGAACUGGCACAGGGCAUGGACGUCAUGCCGGUUGCACACUGGUUCAAACAACUGACCAUGAAGUGGUGGGGAUGGUCGAGCCAACCUACCCCAGAUUCUGUGGAUGCUUCAUAGACCGCAACCAUGGAAACGUGACAGACAAUGUGGAGACAAGUAUGCACAUGUACAUGAACAAUGAGAGCUCUCCUCAUCAGAACAAUGAGAGCCCUCCUCAUCAGAACAAUGAGAGCCCUCCUCAUCAGAACAAACAGAAUCAUGCUGAAAUUGUGCUAUUAGGAUAUUUUUCUGCAGCCUUUAUUUGCUAUCUAUAUAUGCCUGUGCUGGUUGGCUGGUUGGUCACCUGGAGAUCCGUCAACACAGGCAUAGAGCUGAAGAGAGCGAGUGGCCGAGGUUGCGCUGACUAGUUGGUGGUGGCUAUCCGAGAUCCACGACAUGCACGGCCUCAGUAUCAGAACUGCCACCACAACACCGGCAAUGCAAGAGCUGCAGAAUGUUGGAAUGUUUGAGUCUGCUUUGUUCGUUCUGCCAUUAUCAUUUAUGUCAUGCAAGUACUGUUUUCUUUCUGAACCAUUUUUUGCAAAUGGUCAGUACUUGUACCCGGUGCUUUCCUCUUGCUGUGUAGCUUACGACUUCGGAGUUCUCGGCUGUAGUUUAUUAGUAGAAUUGUACAGUAGGAUUGCUCGUAUUAUGUCACUUUUGAUACUCUGUACGCCAGCUAUCUGUAUCAUGAUUACAGUACAGCACUCAAUAGUUUUCGAGUUUUUACUGUAUGAUCUCCAUUGUAAGCCCCGCACUUGAAUUUUUCAACCAGUCCGGACCCCGGGCUUAUAUUAGAGACCGCGCUUCUAACUAGAGACUGGGCUUAUAAUUUUUCAACCAGGUACAUUUUACAUUGCCUAUUAUUUUUCAUUAUAUCAGCAGCACAAAGUUUCCCAGCAGGUACCGGGACUGCAGUUUUGUGCUUCCUGGUACACUAGUCUGAACUUUAGA